CCCGAGCUGCUUUGAGCCCAUCUGCACAGUCAUAUAACUCAGAAUAUCAGGGCAGAAUAAUCCACAAUAUCUGCUUUGAACUGGGUUAUCUGAGUCCACACAGCCAUAUAAUCCAGUUCAAAGCAUAUAAUGUGGGAUUUUAUUCAGUGGUGUGGAAGGGGCCUUUGAGUGGGGAGAAAAUCUGCGCAAAUAAUAAUUAAUAAUAUAUAAAUAAUAAUAUAUAAAUAAUAAUUAUAAAUAAUUAUCUUUAUAAUACACACCCAAAACACACACAUAUCUAUAAGAAUGGGAAAAGGGAUGAGUAGGAAGAAGAAGCAACCAGGAUCCGGUCCGGAGGUUAUUUACACAUCAAUGGCAGAGCAAUGGCAGAGUGGAAACCAAAUUCGCCAAGCUACGGAAGAGCCCAAACAUGAUCCUAUUUGGAGCAGUCGUGGAGGAGUGUGGCCUACAAACUGGAGAAAAGUCUGCCGCGGGAAAGAAGAAGAAAUCCUUCAGCAUAAUGGCCUUUGGAGGAAUGUGGACUGCGGGGGAAUUCCUGAUACUUUUGAACUAAACCAAAACUUCUCAGGGAAGGAGGAGACCUGGACGGACCCCCCGUUUGAAGACCCCAGGGAGAUAUUAAUAGGCGAUUCCAUCCCUCCACUGAAGCCAGAACCGGCCCAAGUUGAGACGAGACAGGAGUGGAGCCAUUCGGACGAUGCUUGGCUUGAACCCAGGGCUCAGGGUGGGACCCAGACCCUCAGCACAGGAACCCAGACGGAAGCGACAUGGACUGACUAUGGAAAGCAGCCCUUGUUCCACUCCGGAAGGGAUUCGGUCUCCAUGCUGGAACGAGCCAAAAGUUCUGAGAAAGUGGUCCAGCAAAGGCUGAAAGAGUUCUUUGCCCUCUUGAGGAUCCUUGUAAACAUCCCCACGUUGUUCCUGCUGGAAUUGGUCCAUUUUCUAGGCAAAUCAGUAUUCCAGGUGCUGGUGGUGGGCUUGCUGACCGCCAUCGGUGACCAGAUGCUGGUACCUGUCCUGUCAGCAAUCUUCGAGCGCAUCCUGCAGCCGUUGCUGAUCUUCCUGCUGAAUGUUCUCCGUAGCAUCCAGACCUUGAGCUGUCCCUUCAUCGACAUAUCGAAGGACCUCUGUUUGCAGGUGGCAGGAGUACUGCGGGCUUUCCGGUUGGUUGAGGUUCACCAACACCACCAUCAUCAUGGAACAUGUCCAGAGAAGGGCCACCAAGAUGAACAAAGGUCUGGAAACUAUGAAUCCCCCUGAGGAGCAGCUGAAAGAACUGGGUCUGUUUUGGUUAUAGUUGAAAGAAGCGGACACAAGAGCCAUGCUUCAAUAUUUGGAAGGAUGUCCCAUUGAGGAGGGUGCUCUGGAGACCAUUACACAAUGGAGCUAUGGAUUCGAAUAGCAGGAAACGAGAUUCCAGGUAGACAUGAGGAAGAACUUCCUGACCAUCAGAGCUGUUCUGCUGCGUGAGAGUUCAAUGAAGUCUCCUUCCAGAGGCUUUUCAAUAGAAGCUGGGUGGCCAUCUGUCAGGAGGGCUUUGAUUGAAGCAGAAGAUGAGUCUCUUCCAACUCCAGGAUUCUACUACAAAGGGAGGAGACCUGUAACACCAUGUAACAAAAUUUGAAAAAUGUUCUGUUUCUGGUUUGGAAGUGUUAUUUCCUGAUUAAUUGUGCUGUACUCACUUUGAAAGUAGUUGUUCUACUCUAGCAACUUUGUUAUUGUGGCUGCCACAAACUAGGUUGAAUUGGUUGAGACUCGGUGAGAUAUUUAUUGAAAAAUUAUCACAAAAUGUGCUGCAGGAUGUCCUGCAAAAGCAAAGUUUUUGCAGUUUAAUAAACUUUUCCUAUGUUUUUGUGAUGGACCCAAUUAGGAAAUGUUAUUUAUAACCCAGGAACAAAAAUCAUGUUAAGCAGUGUAAUGUUUAUUGUUAAGUAGAAGCUGGGUGGCCAUCUGUCAGGAGGGUUUUGAUGGUUGUCUUCCUGCCUGAAGGAAGGUUUUAAAGAGAAAAUUUUUGAAGGUCAAUUCAGGCCGUACUGUGGUUUUUAACACUGAACAUGUUUUAAUGCUUUUAAUAGGGAUUUUAAAAAAAUACUGUUUAUAUUUAAUCCUGUUUUAAUGUUUGCAUAUUUGUCUAUUUUAAAUGGUAUGCUGAUACUUUUAUGUUAAGCCACUUUUGAGUUUCCAGGAGAUAAAGUGGGGAAUAAUAAUAUA